GCGGCCCCAGAGACCUGCGUCACGAGGUUUUCCUUCCUUUCGGGUUAGUGCGAGAACCGGCUCUCGAGCCAGUCAAGCAGAGGGCAAGCGGGAUUUGGCCGGGCGGCCGCACUACCACAGCCAUUCGCCAUGUCCUUGCGGAAGCGGGACGAAGGCGAUGGUGUGGGCGGAAACGUGAGGCUGGCGGGUUCCCCGGAGGCUGCCGAGGAACGCGCGCCGGGUCGCUGCCUGCCGCUGCUGCCUUGGGACCGCUUCUCGGCCUGGUUGCACUGCGUGUGCGUGGUAGGCUUUGACCUGGAGCUUGGGCAAGCCGUGGAGGUGUUAUACCCUCAGCAUGCAAAACUCACAGAUAAAGAGAAAACCAAUAUUUGCUAUUUGUCUUUCCCAGAUUCCAAUUCAGGUUGCCUUGGAGACACGCAAUUUUGUUUUCGAUUCCGGCAGUCUUCUAGCAGAAAGCUUUCGUGGCAUUGUCUGCUGGACCAGUUUGACAGAGACCUUCCCAUUUAUUUAAAGAAAGAUCCAGCAUAUUAUUAUGGCUAUGUAUAUUUCAGACAAGUCCAAGACAAAACUUUAAAAAGAGGCUACUUCCAGAAGUCCCUGGUUCUGGUCAGCAAGCUGCCUUAUAUCCACUUUUUCCACAUUGUGCUUGGACACAUUGCACCUGAAUAUUUUGAGAAGAAUGAACCUUUCUUGGAAGCAGCUUGUAGUGAUAUUGAUCGGUGGCCUUCACCAGUCCCAGGGAAAACUCUACAUUUGCCUAUUAUGGGCAUUGUAAUAAAGGUACGGAUUCCUACCUGUCAUGACAAGCCCGGAACAACUGAAGUAUUACAGACUGCGCAUCAGCCAGCCACACAGAUCUCCAUUACUUUGCCUACUGUCCAUGAAGUGGAUCUUUUUAGAUGUUUCUCGCCAGUGUUCUUUCAUAUCCAGAUGCUAUGGGAGCUAGUGUUGUUAGGGGAACCGCUUGUUGUCAUGGCACCCUCUCCAUCUGAGUCUUCAGAAACUGUAUUGGCACUUGUAAGCUGUAUCUCACCUUUGAAGUACUACAGUGAUUUUAGGCCUUACUUUACAAUACAUGACAGUGAAUUCAAAGAAUACACCACCCGUACUCAGGCCCCGCCUUCUGUCAUAUUAGGAGUAACAAAUCCAUUUUUUGCUAAGACACUGCAGCAUUGGCCACACAUCAUCCGAAUAGGGGACAUUAAAUUGUCAGGUGAAGUCCCAAAGCAAGUGAAAGUGAAAAAGCUAAAAAACUUAAAGACUUUGGAUUCUAAACCUGGUGUUUAUACAUCAUAUAAACCAUACUUGAACAGAGAUGAAGAAAUCAUAAAACAGUUGCAAAAGGGAAUACAACAGAAGCGUCCUGCAGAAGCCCAAAGCAUAAUCCUUCGACGCUCUUUCUUGGAACUGACCCAAAGCUUCAUUAUUCCUCUGGAACGAUAUGUGGCAAGUCUGAUGCCUCUUCAGAAGAGCAUAUCACCUUGGAAGAGCCCACCCCAGUUGAAACCAUUCAACCAAGAGGAAUUUAUGAAAACUCUAGAAAAAGCAGGGCCACAACUUACAUCUAGAUUAAAAGGAGACUGGAUAGGACUGUACAGACACUUCUUGAAAUCUCCUAACUUUGAUGGCUGGUUCAGGACACGACGGAAAGAAAUGACACAGAAAUUGGAGGCACUGCAUUUAGAAGCACUGUGCAAUGAGGACUUGCUUUUCUGGAGUCAAAAACACACUGAAGUAGAAACAGUGGACCUUGUCUUAAAAUUAAAGGAUAAAUUGGCUGAUGGAGAGAACUUACCAGUGAAACCUGGCACAAUGGAAAAGUUACAGCUGCACAUUGAUUCAAUUAUACUAGCACUACCAGAAGAUUUGCAGGGUAUCUUGAUCAAAACUGGCAAAAUGUGACAAACUGUAUUUUUAUGCGGCCACAUAUCCCAUGUCACACAUUUCAGAGGUACCUAGAGGAUGCCUUUUGAAAACUGCAGACAUGCAGAGUGCUUUGUGCUUACUACUAAAAGUUUUAAAGCAGACUUUGAAAAAUUAAUCUUGAAUACUGAAAGAAAUGAAACGUUUUAUUGUCGAUUAUGUAUAAAAUUAAGUGCUCUUAUGGAAAAUCAGCAUGCGUCUUACAUUUCUACCAUUUGGGCCCACAAUGAAGAACAACAGGCACUGCAGGACUUCUGAAUUAGUGCCCAACUUCAUUAAACUCAGGGGAAGCAAUAUUCAUAUUGGUUUCAAAAACUGUCUUACUUAAGGUAAUAGCUAGUACUCUUUAGUGAGCAUUUUCUUUAGAUUUUUUAAAUUUCCCAUUACCAGCCCACUAAACAUUGCUGCUCAAUUCAGAUGUCACAGAGUUGCCAUGUUUUGGCAAUUGAGAGAACCCUCUGCACUCCUCCUCUAGGCUUGUACACUCCACCACCCCUCCUACCAUGGUGUGAAAUACCGUAGUUUUCUCAUGUCAAUCUCUGAAUGAUUACCACUAUUCAUAGCUUGUUUCCAAACUAGGGCUGGAAUAGGCUUCAGUCCCAGCUUCAGAGCAAGCUAUAGUUUGUCUAAUUCAAACUACAUGGCAAACUAUGAUUAUCCUCGAACCCUGAAAGGGAGAAGGAACCCACGGAUGGUGCUCCUAGUUGCAUUAGCUCCUUGAUCAUGGAACUAAACCAAUGAUUUGAGGUUUUCAUUGCAUAAAAUUAAUGCUUAUUUGAUCACAAUAUGUUCUGGAAUGGAUGUGGAGUAGCUGAAAAAUGAUGCAGUCUAUUUUCACUAAGAUUUGUAUUUUUUUCUUUUUAAUUGAGUUAUAUUAAAAAGGGUGCUUCUCAUCAAAGAUCUUAAACACUUCUUACCAUGGUAUCUAAUUUUAAACAAUACUAAAAUUCAAUGUCAAAGAUUAAUUAACUGAAACUUUGCCUAUGUAUGAUGUUCCUUGCAGAAAAUACAUACUAUUCCUAGUACUAAGAUUAUUACACACACAGAAAACACAUCUCCUGAUAAGUGUAUGAUUGAGGGCUUUCUCCCCUGAUCAUUCACUUGUUGGAGAGGGGAAAAUAAGGGUGACUUGCAACCAGCUUGCUCUCCUUCACAGGAAUCACAGUAAUCUUCAGU